AUGGUUGCUUCCUUUUGUGGCUUCUCUCCAAUCAUUGUAGUAGGUUUGUGUUCUCCUAAUGGUAGUGUUAGGAGAUUCCCUGCUUUGGUUAUGCCACAUUCUAUUGUUCCUAAGGGUCCAUAUGCUUCAGCAAGCCAUAAUGAGGAAACAAGUAAUUAUAGUGGAAGAAACAGUGGCCAGUUCAACUUGAAGUUAAGGCAUGGUGGUUCGUUGAAAACACAUGGAAUAGGAUAUGUUGGAGGGGUAACUCAGUGUUAUAGUCUAGACAUAGAUUUGUGGGGGAUGAUAACCUUAAGAGAAACAGUGGAGGAAUUAGGGUAUAACAUGUUAGAGAAAUUUAAGUUUUUCACUACUACUAGGACUGGUACCUUAUUUGAACUAAUUAAUGAUAGUGACUGUUGGGCUGUUUGUGAUGUGGGGAUGUUUCCUGAGGAAAUUGAGGUCUGGGUAGUAAGUGAAGGGGUUGGUGAGGGUGAGGGUGUAGGUGAUAGUGAUGGUGAUGGUGAAUCACAGUCUAAUGAAGAUUUAGACUAUUUUGACUUUAGUGAUAACAAUGUGGGCCAUGAUGACACUGAUUUUGAGGCCAAUAUAGAUCCUAAUGUGGAGUUUGGUGGGAUAAGAGAAGGAAAUGAGGAUGAGAUUGUAACUGCAAAUAGCAAUGAGAAUGUCACUAGAAUUGGGAAUGAGAAUGUCAUUGGAAGUGGUGAUGGUGUGCAUUUCUCCGAUGAUGAUAGUGGGAAAGAGGAUGAGGAUGAAGAGAACUUAAAGUGGCCAAGUUUUAGUGCAAAAUCUCAGAUGCAAACCCCUAAGUUCUCUAUUGGAUUAACAUUUGGAACUAAGAAUGAAUUUAGGGAAGCAGUCCACAACUAUGCAUAUAAUGUUGGCAAGGAAUUGAAGUUCACUAAAAAUGACAAGGAAAGGAUGUGUGUGAGAUGUACACAACCUGGCUGCCCUUUUAAAAUAAACCUCUGGAAGGUAAAAAAUGCAUUGUCUUGGAGAAUUGCAAGUUUUAAUGAAGAACAUGAUGGAUGUGGAUGGAUCUAUGAGAACAAGAUGGUAAAAUCAACAAGGAUUGCAAAGAGAUGGAUGAAGGAGAUUGGACACCAUAGCUCAUGGACAACUGCACAGUUUAGAAAGAAAGUAAAGGUGGAUGAGAAAUUUCAGCUUAGUAAGAAGCAAGCAUAUAGGGCUAUGGUUAAAGCCAAGGCUGCCUUAGAAGGAGAAGCUAUACAAAAUUUCAACAACAUUUAUAACUAUUGUUUGGAGAUUGAAAAAACUAACCCAAGGACUACAUAUCGUGUGAAGGUAACAGAUUUGUUGUAUGAUGGGAAACCAAGAUUUCUAAGGAUGUACUUCAGUUGGGAGGCUUCAAAGGAGGGGUACAAGUUCUGUAGAAAAAUUAUUGGGGUUGGCGGUUGCCAUUUAAAACACAAGUUUGGAGGUCAAUUGUUGACUGCUGUGGGGUUAGAUGGGAAUGACAGUAUCUUUCCACUAGCGUAUGCCAUCGUUGAAGGAGAAACUAAGAAUUCUUGGAGCUGGUUCUUGGCGUUGCUCAGGACAGAUUUAGAGAUCACAAGGGAAGCACAAGAACACCUAACCUUUAUCUCAGUUGCAGACAAACAGAAAGGGCUCCUUCCUGCUUUUGCAGAAGUUCUACCUAAUGCCUCACACAGAUUCUGUGUGAGGCAUCUUCAUGGUAACAUGAAACUAGCAGGAUUCAUGGGCAAAGCUAUCAAGGAUGCGUUAUGGGCAGCAGCCAAGGCAACAACCGUCAACAGCUUCACUGAGUGUAUGGCAGAAUUGAAGAAUCUACAUGUGGAAGCAUAUGAAUGGCUUGGAGAUAAGCAUCCUUCUGAAUGGUCAAGGUCCCAUUUCACUCCAUAUGCUAAGUGUGAUGCCUUAGUUAAUAAUAUAUCUGAAAGUUUUAAUGCACUCAUUUUAGAAGCUAGGGAACAACCUCUAAUCUCUUGUGCUGAGACCAUUAGAAAACUGUUGAUGUCUAAACUAUAUGAAAUAGACAACAAUCCUUGA